AUGAAUGAUGCACGUAAGCGGUCACCGCAUGAUUUUGUGUUCAAGCAAGAAUUGGGACAUGGUUCCUACUCGACGGUCUACAAGGCAGUGGAUAGAACCAAUGCUAAUCGAGUGUAUGCGAUUAAAGUGUGCUCGAAACAACAUAUUAUCAAGGAAAAAAAGGUCAAGUACGUUACGAUCGAAAAGAAUACGCUGAACUUGCUUACAAGGGCUAGACAUCCGGGAAUCGUGAAGUUACAUUAUACUUUCCAUGAUGAGGAGAAUUUAUACUUCGUGCUGGACUAUGCCCCUGGUGGUGAACUAUUAUCUCUACUGCAUAGGAUGAAAACGUUUAGUGAAAUGUGGGCUUGUCAUUUUACUUGUCAAUUGAUUGACUCUAUGCAGUUUUUGCACUCACAGGGAAUUAUUCAUCGAGAUUUGAAACCGGAGAACUUGCUGUUGAACAAUGAGGGUCGACUGAUGAUUACAGAUUUUGGCACUGCAACUGGUACAGACUCUAGAGGGUCUUCUUUUGUCGGUACGGCCGAAUACGUGUCUCCGGAGCUGCUUCUGCAUAACCAAUGCGAUGUGAGUUCGGAUAUUUGGGCUCUGGGAUGCAUGAUCUACCAAUUUUUACAGGGAUCGCCACCAUUCAGAGGAGAGAACGAGUUACAAACGUUUGAAAAGACUGUUUCGUUGGACUAUCCAUGGAAUAAUCCUCAAGUGACCCCCAAAGGUAUAAACCCCGUUGUUGUUGAUCUUACAAGAAGAAUCCUAGUGCUUGACCCUUCUGUGCGCCCCACUUUGCAACAAAUUAAGCUCCAUAAGUGGUUUGAGUUAGUCGAUUGGAAUAAUAAGGAAUUACUGUGGAGAGGAAUAUGGCAAAUUCAACAGGCCGUACCGAGAUCACCUCACCAAAUGAUUUCCAAUAGGCAACUGCAUGUCAUAGACACACCAAUAAGAAAUAUACCGAUUACCAAGCAAAAGAAGAGGAAACCUGCAAAGGUCUCCAACACGACAAGUAGCAUCGUCGAAUGGAGGAAAAACUGGGCAUGCUCGGGAGUAGAUCCUUUGACACCUUCGGACUCACCAACUCAAGGGUACACGCCACUAAAUAAUCGUCCAUCUUCACCUGCAUUUAUACAGCCCACUGUCAGAUCAGCUCCUGUGUCACACCAUCCACCGAUACACAAAUCGCCGGUACGGAAAUCAUCAUCAUCAUCAUUACCUCGUUUGAUGGUCGACACUCAAAAAAGUGCAAAUGGGAUACCGUCCAUCAACUCAUCACCGAUUGAUAUGCCCAUCAAUACUGUUAGCAAAGCAAUUGUGGCACACGAUAACUUCGCUUUGAAACAGGAUUGUGUUAUUAUCUAUGAAAUACCGUACUAUCUACAAGGACCAGAAAUGUCAUUGAAGAGUUAUAACAGGGUCGACAAUGAUCUGAUAACGCAGUUGGUUCAAGAACAUGACGUUGAAUUGAGAUCGCGGCUCGUUAGUUUCUUAACACUAUUCAAGGACGGAACUCUGUCGUAUAGAACUGAGAGCAGUUCAAGACACAUAAUAAACAUUGGUGAUCCCAAUUUGUCAAUGUACGAUUUCGAUUUUAAUCAGGAAAAAGGUACGGGGUUCUUGAUUUUGGAAAGGUAUAGGAACAAGAUAUGGUUUAUUUCGAUUCCAUCGAAAAAACAAACUCCAGUAGGGUCUAUAAAGAACAAAGAUGAGUCCUGGGUUGCAUGUUUUUUUAGAGCUCGACAAUUGAUGGAAGACCAAAAAAGUUUAAGUGAUAAAGUUGCGGGCAUCAAACUAACUGAACCUAUUAAAACUACUAGACCCAUAAGCAGUAAGGCACAAAGAAAUGCAUCAUCGCCCGUUCUGGGUUCUAAAAGUCAACAACAGAGAAAAGCUAGCGCUUCGCGAUCACCGGCGACUUCGCCAGUACUGGUGCAGUCGCCUACGAUGAAACGAUAUGCAGCACCACAAAAUAUGGUAAUAAGUAGUAGUCGUUACGAAGUGUUACAUUCAUUGAGGCCAAACAGUGCCAAUGAUGACGCCAGCAGUGGCGCUAGCGCAGCAUUCAAGAAUUUGCAAAAGAGAAAGGCUAAAUAA